CAGAUUGUUUUGGCCCUCUGUCUAGGCAGCUUGACCUACGGCUAUACCUUCAGUAUCGUCUCAACCACUCUUGGACAACCUGCGUGGUUCGAAUACUUCGACCUCACUCAGGUUGCGACUGAACCAAGAUAUGCCUAUACCAAUAGUAUCAUCGGUGCCAUGAACGGCUGCUUCUCGGUCGGUGGCCUGUUCGGCGCAUUGUUCAAUGGCUGGUCGUGCGACUAUCUGGGUCGCAGAAAGACUCUCCUUGUUGCUACUCCCAUUGCCAUCGUAGGUGGUGCCCUGCAGGGAGGGGCAGCACAUAUUGCCAUGUUCCUGAUCGGCCGUGUACUGGGCGGCUUUGCUGUUGGUAUUCUAGUGGUCUUGGUGCCACUGUUUCAAUCAGAGAUUGCGCCGCCAGCCACGCGAGGCUUUUUGGUCUCUCAGCACGGUGUUGUUCUAGUCUUUGGAUACUCACUAGCUGCCUGGAUCGGUGUCGCCUGUUAUUUCUCGAAGAACGCGGCUUUCCAAUGGCGUUUUCCGCUAUGCGUCCAAUGUGUCUUUCCUCUAGCAAUGUUGAUUUUGACGCCUUUCCUGCCAGAGUCUCCUCGAUGGCUGCUGAUGAAUGACCGAUUCGAUGAAGCUUGGGCUAUUGUUCUCAAACUUCACGCGGAUGGAAAGGACCCAGAGGCUGAAGACGUUCAUUUCGCCACCGAGGAAUUCUAUCAAAUGCGCCGACAAGUCGCGGCUGAUAAGGCUAUGGCCUCUCAAGAAACCCUCAUGACCCUCUUCACCAAACCUUCCUACCGAAAACGGAUGAUUUGUGGCUUCUUGACCAUGUAUGGUGCCGAGUCAACAGGCAUCUUGGUCAUCUACAACUACAGUGUGCUUUUGUACGAAGGGCUCGGUUUCUCAGGCAGCCUACCGUUGAUCCUAGCGGCGGCCUAUGUCACCGUCGCUUGCUGCGGAAACUACAUCAACUCGCUCCUCAUCGACAGGGUCGGACGAGUCAAGCUUCUUCUCAUCGGAUUCACUGGUUGCCUGAUCACCCUGUGUUUCGAAGCCGCCAUGAGUGCUCGCUACAUCGGCAAAACCCCAGUCAACAACGCCGGCCUCAGCGCUGGCGUCUUUUUCCUGUUUCUCUACAUCAGCUUCUACGGCUGCUGCAUUGACGCAAACACCUACGUCUACUGUUCCGAGAUCUUCCCUACUCACAUACGAUCUCGCGGUUUGUCGUUCAGCGUCGCUUGUCUGUUCCUGUCGACCAUCGCUUAUCUCGAGGCCGCACCGACCGCAUUCGCUCAAAUCGGCUGGAAAUACUAUCUCCUCUUCAUUGUCCUCACUGCGAUCAACAUUCCUCUAAUCUGGUACUACUUCCCAGAGACAAAGGGACUGUCGCUGGAGGAAAUUGGCGAGAAGUUCGGAGACGAGAUUGUUAUGCAUCUUACUGAUCUGACUGACGAACAACGAGCCGAACUGGACAGGGAGAUCGCUUCGAACAAGCAACAGGCUGGCGCAAUCCACGUCGAAACGAAGGCUGAGCCAAACAGUCUCACUGAGAAGUCUCUUGCUUAGGUGAAGAUAUGAUGAGAAAUUCGGACGAUUGUAUCAAUUUCAUACUCUCCAGGGAUCAAGACUUUUCCUGACCUGAGAAGGGAGUUCAUUUAGAGGAGGAUUUUGGAUCAAAGAGAGACAUUUCUAUCAGAGGGAAACAUCGAAUUAGAGGA